AUGCCUGUUACAGUAGAAGGACGUCAUAUUAUUGGACAACAUAUUUUUGCUGCAGUGUUUGGAAUUUUAAUGAAUUUACCAUUUUUUUUCACAACAAUUUUACUAAUAUUUGCUUUUGACUGGGAAAAUGACGACGCUAUACUCGCACUUCAAAUCGGUGAGGGCUUGAGUGCUCUCUGCAUCAUUCUACCUGUUUAUGUUUGCAGUUAUCAUCUGAAAAAAUAUUUCAGCAACUCUUGGAGACCAGCAAAAUUGACAACCAACGAGUACAUACUGAUUCUGAGCUCCUCUGGAGCGAUGGCGUACUACAUGUUUGGUACGGUGACCGCAUUCACUGGUCAUUUUAGUUAUUUACAGACGUUUCUGUGUACUCGUAUUAUUUUAAUGCUGGAAAUUUUUCUACAGACACAUUUUUUAAUCAAAAUCAGACGCUACCAUCCCAAAGGACAAUCUUCCGUUUUCAUCUCCUCUGGAGGAAUUAUUCUCAUGAUGACUAAUCUGAAUCAUUGGAUUUUAAGUUCUUACAGCAAGCAGAAUUGUAAGAGAAAUCUGGAAACAAAACUUGUUGGAUGCGAAAGUUGGCUCUAUAUAGUAAAUAUACUUGUGCCACUCAUGCUGUUUUACCGAUUUUUUUCCGGUAUUAGCGGUUACGCUAUAUAUUACACGUUUAAACCAAAAGUUGCAUAA